AUGCGUUUUCCCCUCGCACCAAUGUCCAAUUACCACGACCGCAGUUGUUUGAUGUUUGAACCGAGAUACCACAAACUUCAGCACGUUACCACACAUCAAUACUUUCUCACAGUAGGCUUAUGUAUAUUAAUAAACUGUGAUUCCCCCGACAUCCAGGAACUGGACCUGUCUUCCACAAUAAACGACAACUCCGGCUACGUCAUUUUCGGACUAAGACAUGACCGUUACGUCAACAAAUUUUACCCACGACCACUGACUACAGACAAGUACGUUCCAUCAAAUCACAUUUUUGGUUUUCAACUACUAUGUCCAUCAUUUGGCCAGUCCAUCAUUUAUAAGAGUGUCGAGCUGUUCCACAAUAAUGGUGCGCUAGAUAACGAUAAUAUGCAGUUAUAG